AUGGCCAAGUCGACCCCGUCCCGCACCAAGGCCACCCCUACCAAGCCCACGACGCCCAUCGCCGCCCCGCACAGCGCCUCCAAGCCCGUGAGCGCGUCGCAAAAGCGCGUCCGCGUCGUCGACGACCACGCCGCCGCCGCUCCCUCGGCGUCGACGCCGUCAAGCAAGAAGAAGGGCACGCCGUCGAAGGGCUCGAAGAAGAAGGACGACGACGAGCCCGUCGAGGUCGGCGGCAACGGCGUCGAGCGCAAGGACCUGCGCGAGAAGCGGCCCGACGAGGUCGAGGCGAUCCGGAGCAAGGACGCGCCCGCGCCGCCCAAGGGCGCGCUCAAGAAGGGCAAGGGCAAGAAGGUCGAGCACGAGGAGCAGGACGAGGAGAUCAAGCUGGCGGGCGACGACGACGAGGAGGAGGAGGACGAGGAGGCCGACAUCGACUUCCUGGCCGGGUUCGAGUCGGGCGAGGACGAUGGCGAGGACAGCUCGGACGAGGAGGCGGACGGCGAGGACGCGGCGGAUGCCAAGCCGGUCAAGGCCGACCAGCUCCCGCAGGUCAAGGGCGCGCCGGUGCAGAAGAAGCUCGAGGCCAAGGAGAAGAAGCAGCACAAGACGGGCACCGUGUACCUCGGCCGCAUCCCCAAGGGCUUCUACGAGGACGAGAUGCGCAGCUACUUCUCGCAGUUUGGCGAGGUGACGCGCCUGCGUCUCUCGCGCAACAAGCAGACGGGCGCCUCGAAGCACUACGCGUUCAUCGAGUUCAAGUACGCCUCGGUCGCCCAGAUUGUGCACGAGACGAUGGACAACUACCUCCUCGCGGGCCACAUCCUCGUGUGCAAGGUCGUCCCCGACGACGAGAUCCACCCCAAGCUGUGGGUCGGCGCAAACCGCAAGUUCCGCGUCGUGCCCAAGGCGCGCAAGGACGCCGCGAGGCGCAACGCGCCCAAGUCGGACCAGCAGCAGGACAAGAUCAAGCAGCGGUUGCUCAAGACGGACGACAAGAAGCGCAAGCAGCUCGCCGACCUCGGCAUCGAGUACGAGUUUGCCGGCUACGCUGGCAACAAGGUUGCGGGCGCCGACGACGGCGACAAGCCGACGCCGUCCAAGAAGGUCAAGGUUGCGCCUGCCGCCGCCAAAAAGGAGGCGCCGGCUGCGGACGAGACGCCGAGGCGCAGGAGCACGCGCAAGAGCGUCGGUGGCACCCCUUCCACCGCCACCGAGUCGGCGACCAAGAGGAAGAGCAAGUAG